AAGGGGGAAAUCGAAAGGAGGGAAAAAAGGGGGAAAUCGAAAAGAGGGAAAAUCGAAAGGGUAUUAGUGUAAAACAUGACAAUUUAACCAAGAUUAACCAUAGUUAGUCUUUUAAAUGAAUUAAAGUAUCAAUUCUGUCACCAUUAGCUUAGCUUAAUUAAUUGUUGAUUACUGUUGAUAAAAUUUUUUUAAGCCCUUUACCAAAGAGAAAAAAAAUAAAUUGGAUGUUACCACUGAUAAUUUCCCAAAAAUAAUUUAAAUAAGCAAAACAAAUGCCCUUGAAUCUCGACUCCUUUAACUGAGUUGUGGAAGAAUCUGGAGUAGUACUGGUAGUCAUAGCAGUAGUCGAGAAUGCGGAACGUAAGAGCAAUGCAAACAGUACUCAAGAAUCGGGAAGCCGCCAAAGCCAAAGUCUUCGAUUUACUCAAAAUCUUGCAGUCUGAAAUCACUCACGAACUCUCUUCUCCCUGCUUUCAAAAUUAUCAAGCUGGUUCCCCAGGAGAUUUCACAGUGGAAUGGGAUACUUCAAAUUCUAAUGAUGUAGUAUUGCGAAAGAAAUGUGAUACUGGCGAAGAUGUUGCUGUUUCGGCUUUACUUGGUCCACCAGAUUAUGCAAGAGAUGGUACAUACCCAAGGGGUGUUCUUAUGAAAGUGUGCAUAAAAAAGCCUGGCUUAAGUUCACUUCUCCACUUCAAGUGCGAAGUUACCAAUACAGGUCAUUCUGGCCCAGAAUUUAAUAUCCAUUCUGCAGAUUAUCUAAGAUCAACAAGCUCUACAGGUCCUAAAAAUUACAAGGCCCCCUCGUUUAGUGAAUUAGACUCAGAUCUUCAAGAUGCAUUCAGAGACUAUUUACAGACGAAGGGCAUUGGAGAAAGCUUGAUGAACUUCCUUUUAGUACACAUGCACAAAAAGGAGGAAAAUCAGUAUGUUAACUGGCUGCAGAAGCUUCAAGGAUUGUUAUCUCAAGGUGAUUGAUCGUAAGUUACGGAGAGAAUGAUCUUGACAUUCUUGUCUCAGAUGUUAGCAUGAAAUUUUAUGUAUAUAUAAACACGGCAAGGUUAUUUUUGGCUACCUGGUUAGACAUUGUGAUCUAGUCCUUGCUUUAUUGUAAGAUAGCAUGAUUUAGCUGUCAUGUUGUUCUUAUGAAGCUUCAUAGAAAACUGACUUACCGAGAAUUAUUCAAUUCUGAGCACGUUGGAUUUCAUCAGGAUUCA